UGAAAGAAAGUAAGGUUUUCAGAAUGGCAGCAACUGAGCAGACUGAAGAGCUGGAUGAAGAUUUAGUGUGCCCUGUUUGUUUGGAUCUUUUUAACAACCCAGUAAUGCUGGAAUGUGGGCAUAACUUCUGCAACUCGUGUAUCAGUACUGUAUGGGCUAGUGAGAAAGGUUGCUGCUGUCCAGAAUGCAGGGAGGAGUUUCCAACAAGGAAAUACACUGUUAACAGGCUGCUAGCUAAAAUUGUAGCAAAAGCUCAGAAACAACAGGAUAAGACCAUGGGGAAAACAUGCCCAAAACAGAAGCCUGAGCACAUACAGAAGAGGACUCAAUGCCUGGAGCAUGAGGAGAAACUGAAAUUGUUCUGCCAGGAGGAUGGACAACUCAUAUGUGUCAUCUGUAUGGUGUCUUCUAAACAUACUGGUCAUAGCUUCCUUACCCUGAAAGAUGCAGUCAGCAAGUACAAGGAGAAUUUAAGAAGCACAUUAGAUUCCCUAGAAAUGGAAUUAAAGGAGCUUGCAGAUCUUCAGUCAAAUCAGGAGCAAAAAAUACUGGAGGUCCAGAACGAAGCUCACUCUGUGGAGCAACACAUCAUGUCAGAGUUUGCUGUUGUGUACCAGUUUCUCCAAGACAAGGAAAAGCAACUGAUCCAGCAAGUGAAGGAUGAAACAGUAGGAAUUCUGAGAAGCAUGGAGGAAAAUCUAAGGAAAAUUAAGAAAACAAUUACUGACAUUCAGGGGAAACUAUCGAAUAUUAACUUGAAAUUUAAGGAGGAGGAGGAUUAUCAGUUAUUUCUAACAGGAAUCAAGAAUGACAUGAAAAAGCUUACAGUACACAAGGAACAAAAUAAUACAUGCAACCAUAUACUGUGGACCAGUGACCUAAAUUCAGUGAUGAGUGAUAUCAUUCUAGAACAGGAUGAUUGGAAUAAAUGGAGGUUCAUUAUUAAACCAGUUAAGCUGUCUCUGACUCUGGAUCCUGAUACUGCCCAUCCAAAUCUCAUUGUUUCUGAGGACCGAACUAGUGUAAGCUACACUGUGGAAAGACAGCAGCUUGUUCACAGCUCUAAGAGCUUUAGUAAGAAACCUUAUGUGCUUGGAUUGGAGUGCUUUGCAUCUGGGAAGCACUGCUGGGAGGUGGUAGUGGGUAACAAGACUGACUGGGUUAUAGGUGUAGCUACGGAAUCGAUCAACAGGAAUAAGGAUAUAUCUCUACAACCCAAGAACGGAUUCUGGACUCUGAUACUGUGGAAUGAAAAUGAGUACUAUGCUCAAGAAUCAGAAAUUAAAACCUUAAAGAUAAAUAGAAAGCCACACACAAUCAGAGUAUACAUGGACUAUGAGAGAGGACAGAUUUCUUUUUAUAAUGCUGAUGACAGUUUCCAUAUAUACACCUUUAAAGACAACUUUAAAGGAAAACUGUACCCAAUCUUCAGUCCAUGGUUCAAUAAUAAUGGGAAAAAUGGAGAAGCCCUUAAAGUGUGCCAGCUGACAAUAUAGGCAGGAUCAUUGUACAUAGCAAUUAUAGUUACAACACAAAUCUUCAUUUUUCGGCUUUUUUUUCCUUUCUGAGCCCAUUUUUAGUCUCCUGUUAAUAUUUUCUUGGAUUCAGAGUUUGUUAUAGACAUGGGCUGGCCCACUGCCCUCUUCUGAAUUAGCCUUAUAAAUACAGGAGCUGCAGACAUCAGGUGUGGCAUCCUGUCUUGCCACAAAGGUGGGGUCUUGAGGUGUGCCAUCCUAUCUUGCCACAGGGGAGGGGAUCUGUCCAUUUUUAUUUCCUGCCAGCCUCCCCUGAAGGAAAGCCCCCAGGUUACCAGCAAUCUGUGGAGGUGAAUUGGAACUCACCAGUGGGAGGGCAUUAUUUGCAAAGGUAUGGAGCUCAUGCCUGCUUGCAACUACAACUUCUGCUUCACUUUCUUAACUUCCAAUGCAUUGCUGAUUUGCAUUGGAGAUGACAGCACUUGAGAUGAGCUGUGGUAACACUUUCUCUUCAACCUCCUGCAUAUGAAGUAAGUAGCUGAAGCCUCUCAUUCAUCCACUUCAAAUUUGUUCCUCUGAUAUAUGAAACACUAACUCAACCCUCUUUUCUGCUGAUGCAGAGGGUGCCUUUUCUGUGCUAGGGCUUAGCUAUUUUUCCAACUUUUGGAUGAAUAACAAACUUGUGUGUCUGUAUCAUACCACAUUACAACUGACUUUCCCUGUGCUAUGGUUCAUCUCAUUUCUGUGUGUGUUAGGUAGCUAACAGAUGUAUGCACUUAUAUCUUCACGGCACACCACAUAAUUGACUCUUGUUCAAGCAGUUUUUUAAAGAAAAACAGUACAUAAGUUAUGUAUAUUCAUAAAUGUCUCAGCUGGAUUGAGGAACUUUGUUGAGUCAGUUAACUAGUGGUUCAUUUUACUUGUACCAAUAUUUUCUCACCCACAGGGGCUGCAAGCAUUUCACUGUCAUGCGAUCUCACUGUUGAUUAUAUUAAUGGUUCACCAAAGGCACCCACUUGGGCAUGUAGAAUAAUUUGCCUCAGUAAAUGUUUUAGUAUCUUUAAACCAUUUCAGUGCCACAGAAUGACCAACAAGCUAAUUGAAUGCAUACCACAUUAUACAAAACUUUACUUCUUUUAUUCUCCAGCUGUGGCAGACUGAUUGUAUGUAUCUUUCCCCAACACUGCCAUUCCACAUAUACACAUGCAUAGACUGGCAUAUGCAUAGAAUUCACUUAAAGUGAGAUCUGUCCUGCUGUCCAUGUACAAUAAUUUAAAGAGAAAACAGCUUCCAAAUUACUGUUACUGCCCUGUAUGUCACUUUCACUUGUUUGGUACCACCAGUUAAACCUUUUCAAGAACACUACUUUGAUAUUUUCCCAGGAACAAACACUCUGUCCCUUGCCUUUCCGUACUGCAGUACUAGCAGUAAAGUACAUCUAAACCAAUUUACAGCUAAACAUUGCUCUUUAGAACAAUAUAUCAUGCACACCAUAAAUGGUGAGUACUCAGUGUAGCUUUCAGCGUAAUCAUUUCUUUUCUCUUUUUUAACUGCUGUAAAAUAUAUUGUUUCUUUUUUUUAAAUCCUUGAAUGGAUUCCUCUCUGUCCCUCCAGUAUAUCAAUACCAGCACUACAUAUAUGCCUGUCACUCUUUGAACCAUUUAGUUGCCCUACGUAGCCUUAUAAUAGUUAAAAGUUUACUGACCUUUAAACUUCGUUAUGUUCAGAUGUUUUGUUGCGAGGUGCUCAGUACAACCUAGUGCCAAACAAGGUUCAAGCUCAUGGAUGUUGGGACUUGGUGGCUGUAAUUUCACAGCACUCUGCCUUCUCUGCCACACCCAUACCAGCUAUGCCUACUGCGGUCACUAAGGUAUGGGUUCACUCUCAGCAUUAAUCACACCAAAAUUCAAUUUUAUUUUGCUAGCCUUUUGCUGCUGUCAGUUUGUUUUAAAAAUGAAAGGCCCACCUAUUACCAACAGAACAGAUGCUGUUCUAGUCUUAUAUGGUCUGUAGAUAAAUCAGUAACUAAAUUAUAUAAUAUUUCUGUCUAUUGUGUUUGGAGUAAUAUCACUAAUAAAGAACACAUUUAAGAUUGAAUGUGGGAAUAAACAGUAAAGUGAAUAAAGA